AUGUACUCGGAUGAUGUGGCAAGUGUCACCAGCAGUGACAAUGAGCAGGUAGAAAACGACUCCAUCCGACGAGCCCUGCGGCGCUCGGCUCUUCUUCGAUCAGCAUCCAGUCGUCACGGUAGUUCAGCCGUGAACCGGUCGGGAGCCUCCUCUCCUACCUCUUCGUCAUCCAACUCCAUCCAGUCCGCCGAAACGGACUCAGACAUUGACAUGGACGAAGUCGCUGAAGCAGAUGGCGUGGAACCCGACAAGGAUGCCCCCGUCCACCAGCUGCCGUCAGAGCUUCUGACAGUUAUCUUCACCAUGCUACCGGAGCGACGAGAUGUACACAGCUGUCUGCUUGUGUCGAAAACGUGGUUCAUGUCGUGCGUGGACCUGGUUUGGUUCCGACCUCAUCUCCCCAAGGACCUCACUCGUCUGCAGCAGCUGUUACGCACUUUGAAGCAGCCCGUGAGCUCGCAGACAGUGCCCUACUCGACCUACAUUCGGCGGCUGAACCUCACCAACCUUACGGGCGAAAUGACCGACGAGCUGCUGAGCGGUGUCGCCGUAUGUACUCGACUGGAGCGACUCACACUGGCUAACUGCACGGCAUUAUCCGACGCUAGUCUGGUGCCUGUGCUGCAGCAAAACUCGGGGCUGCAGUCUGUGGACGUGACCAACGUCAGCCAUAUUACUGAUGCCACCAUCAAGGCGCUGCUUCCCUCCAAGCGGCGGCUGCAGGGUUUGUAUGCCACAGGGUGUGCCAACAUCACCAACGCUGCCAUUGUGGCGCUAGCUACGGAGUGUCGACUGCUCAAACGCAUUAAGGUCAACUCGUGUCCCAACGUGGAGGACGAGGCUGCCAUGGCGCUUGUGGACAACUGUCCUCAACUGGUGGAACUUGAUCUACACGAAAACAGCGCGCUGUCAGGUUCUGUGGCGACUGAGGCCUUACGUAAGCUUCCUAACCUGCGGGAGCUUCGUGUGGGUCAAGUGACUGGUGUAAAUGACGCUUGUUUCCUGGGCUUCCCUGCUCGUCCACAAUUUGAUCGGUUGCGUAUCAUCGACUUGACAGCAUGCAACGCCAUCACCGAUGCUGCGGUCGAUCGAUUGGUUACUUGCGCCCCCAAACUGAGACAUGUGGUGUUGGCCAAAUGCACACGCGUGACUGACCGCAGCAUACGAUCCUUGCUGCGCCUGGGCAAGUCGCUGCACUACCUGCAUCUGGGCCACUGCGCAUCCAUCACCGAUGCUGGUAUUGCGCAGCUGGUGCGUGCCUGUCAGCGUAUCCAAUACAUUGAUGUGGCCAACUGCAGCCAGUUGACGGAUGCGGCCGUCGAAGACCUGGCCUCACUGACUAAACUGCGACGUAUUGGACUAGUCAAGUGCGUCAAUAUCACGGAUGCGGCCAUCUACGCGCUUGCUAGCAGGUCUGGCUUUGAGGCUUCACUGGAGCGUGUGCAUUUGUCGUACUGCGCCGGCAUUAGCAUCCCAGCCGUUCUGCGGCUUGUCAACGUGUGUCCGCGACUAUCACACUUGUCUCUGACGGGCGUUACAGCUUUUCUGCGUUCCGACUUCCGACAGUUUUGCCGAGAGCCUCCGCCAGAGUUCACUCAGCACCACCAGGCGCUGUUCUGCGUCUUUUCAGGCGAUGGGGUGAAGCGGCUGAGAACGCAUCUCAAUCAGCUCGCGGAGGCCGAUAUGGGCUACCUGCUUGGAGGAGGGGGCUUUGCUGGAGGGCUUGGUCCUGGGAUAGGUGGAGGCCUCGGGGGUGGGGUUGGCACCGCGACACUGGAGGAGCUGAUUGCUGCUCAGCGACGGGUGCGGCACAUUGUGAACGAGGUGUUCCCUGACGGCCGCCCGCAUGGGGGUCUGGAUGGACUGGGGAUGGAUGGCAUAGACCCGCUCGCUCAGUUGGAACAUGUCCAUCACAUUGAGCGAGUCAUGGCGCGAUUGGAGAUGGAGCGUCAAGAGGGACUGGAGCAGCGACAUCAGCAGGAGCAGCGUCAGCUGCGGGAGGGAUUUCGACAGGCCGACCAGCGACAGCUUCGGGAAGGCUUUGGACAGCCUGAGAUCCAACAACCUGGCCCUCCUACUGCGCUGCCGGUUCUGCCUGAGGGUGGAGUUCCUGUUGUAGCCCAACCUGUAGCAGGUAUUCCUCCUGCGGCUGCGCGAGGUUUAGAGCGUCAGACUCAGCAGUAUAAUGAGGCGCUGCAGCAACUGCAGAUGCUGGAGGGUCGACCUGAGGUCGAUCAACAGUUGGUUGCGGAGCUGCGCCGACAGGUGGAGCAGCAUGGACGAGAAAUGGGACAAGGAGAGUAA